UUAGCGAUGGGCGGGAGGAGCAGUGGCGCGCGCUAGGCUAGGGCUCCAGCGCGGGCGGAAGAGAGGGGAGCUCCUGCGGCGAUGGAUCCAGGUGCUUGGUAGCUGGAGAAAGUUUUCUUUCUACUGGCCGGAGGCUGUGGCGCUUGGAGGUAGGGUUUGCAGGCAGCGGCGAUGACUGCUGCUGCUAGUGUCAUUCGCAGCGACAAUGACGAUUUCGUGGACGCCAUCGUGCUCAGCUCCUCCGAUGACGACGACGACGCUAGCGGGAAAGUCUUCUCUCCUCCAGCCGAGCAGCGGAGCGUCGCAACGCGGGUUAAAUCCAGGAAGAGGAAACUCGCUACCCCGGCCGUCACCGCUUCCGCUGCUACUGUGUCACCCGAGAGGUCCCAACAGCCAUCCAAGCCCAGGAAGCUUAAACGAAUCUCUCUGGAGGAUGUGAAUCGAAGAGCCAUGAAAGACAUACAAAACGAGCUCCGGGAUCCAUCCCCAGAAGGCAUGGGGUCGAGGGAAGAAACUCCAGCCUCUAUGGCCAAGGUUGGCACAGGUAGUGCGAGGUCUAGAAAAAAAUCUGGGCCUCGACGAGCAAGUGCCACUUCUUCUGGCACCGUGAAGGAAGAAGAUGUUGCUGCGAAGGAAGACCCAUGUCCACAACGUCCCAGUGGUGACUGCAUUGUGGUUUUGGAUUCGUCGGAAGAGGAUCAAUUGAGUCCUUCGGCAGUGGUGCGUGAAGAAGAUAUUGGAAAGAAGGUUGACAAGAAGGCUGGAAAGUCUGUCCAACGUAAGGAUCCUGGACCAAACCCCAAGCCCAAGCCCAAGCCCAGGAAGAGUUUCGGCCCAAAGAAGCAACCACUCCCACCACCUCCUUCACCGGACGAUGACGACUUUGCUCAAGAGCCUAUCCUUGUGGAGUCCGACGACGAUGACGAGGAGGACUCUCCUUCCGCGGCUCUCGUCGCGUGUCCCAGAAAGGGUCAUAAGCUCGCUGUCAAGGCCCACUUUGUUGGCAAGCCAAUUCCUGCUGCUCGAGCUAAGAGGCAGUGGCCUAAUCGGUAUGACAAGCAGAGUGCAGGAGCCGGCUCUCAAAAAUGCGUGGAACAUUACGAGGAAGCUGUGGUCGACGGGAAGCAUUACAAAGUUGGCGAUUGCGUUGCGUUAGAGGUACAGUCUUUCAUUUGCAGCUUCUUUGUAAUCAACCAGUUACAGGGUGACGACGCGGAGUACCUUGGGAAGGUGCUUGAGUUUUUCAAAACAGCUAACCAGGAAAACUGGUUUCGGGUUCAAUGGUUUUUCCGAUUUUCUGAUACGGCCAUAGGAGAUCUCGACGAUGUUCACCUUGACAAUAAAAGGGUGUUUCUGUCAGACGAUGAGGAUGACAACAUGAUAGAGUGUAUCAUUAAAAAAGUAAAAGUGUCAUACGCGCCGGUUAUGGAUGCAUUUUCGAAAAAAAAGAUCAAACAAAGUUGCGAUUACUAUUUUGACAUGGGUUAUACUGGUGACUUCUCGACGUUUUACAAGGUGCCCUCAGACGCGAGUUCCAGUUUUCAGACUGCUGUAACUAGAUGCAGCGAUACUAUCAAGCCGGAAUUGAUAUUGCUGGAUUUGUACUGCGGUUGUGGGGCCAUGUCAACGGGGCUGUCUAUGGGAGCGGCAUUGGGAGGUGUCAAUCUUGUAACUAAAUGGGCCGUAGAUUACAAUGAACACGCAUGCAACAGCAUGAAGUAUAAUCAUCCAGAAACCGAGGUCCGCAACGAGGACGCCGAAUGUUUUCUCCUUUUACUGAAAGAGUGGCAAAAGCUCUGUACGAAAUACGAAGGGCAUGUAGCGGAUGACAAUUCAAACGCGAGUAGCCCUGAUAGCAACACGCUUGGCGCAGAUGAAUAUGCCGCUGAUGAAUACGAAGUUCAGCAGGUAGUUGAUAUUCGCAUGGCAGGGAUUCAGAAGCCAAAAAAGCCAGACACGUCGUCCAAAAUGCCUGAGAAGCCAAUCAAAAGACGACUUGAGUUCAAGGUACGCUGGAAAGGCUAUACUAGUGAUCACGAUACCUGGGAACCUGUAGAUCACCUUGACUCCUGCCAAGAACGUAUUCGUGACUUUGUACUGGAAGGAAGGAGACGUCGUAUCUUGCCUCUGCCGGGAGACGUUGACAUGGUGUGCGGAGGCCCUCCUUGCCAAGGGGCCAGUGGAUACAAUCGUUUUCGAAACACUGAGGCUCCUCUUACUUGCCCUCGUAAUCGUCAGAUGGUUAUUUUCAUGGACAUCGUAGGUUUCUUGAGGCCGAAGUUCGUUUUGAUGGAGAACGUUGUCGAUAUAUUGAAAUUCCAGCAAGGCCUUCUUGGCAGGUAUGCCAUGUUCCGCCUAGUGGAUAUGCGUUACCAGGCAAAACUUGGUAUGAUGGCUGCUGGAUCGUAUGGACUACCACAGUUUAGGAUGCGUGUGUUUCUCUGGGGCGCGGCUCCGUCGGAAAUGCUACCAGCAUUUCCUCUUCCAUCGCACGAUGCAAUUUACAAAGGAAAUGUUCCCAACCAAUUUUCACGGAACGUUGUAAAGCACAUUGGCGAGCGGCAACUUGAGAAAGCACUGUUUCUAGGAGAUUCCAUAUCUGAUCUGCCUCCUGUGAAAAAUUGUGAGACAAGGGACGAGAUCCCGUAUAGAGACGGGCCGAAAACCGAAUUCCAAACACGUAUUAGAAGCGCCAGAGAUGGUGAGGCUCUAUUUUCUGAAACUUGCAACAAACGUUUGCUACUUCGAGAUUUUACAGUAUUUUACGGUCGGGGACCCCGGGCGAUGAAUUCAACGGUGCAUGAUCACCGGCCAUUACGACUAAACGACGACGAUUACCAACGAGCUUGUAGAAUACCAAAACGGAAGGGAGCCAAUUUUCGAGAUUUAGGUGGACUGAAAAUCAAGGACGACAAUUCAGUAACGCUGGAUUUGACGGUGGAAAGAGAGUAUUUGCCGUCUGGAAAACCACUGAUACCGGACUAUGCGAUCUCUUUCAUUAAAGGGAGAUCACUCAAGCCAUUUGCGAGGAUGUGGUGGGACGAGACUGUACCAACAGUAAUCACACGAGCUGAGCCGCACAACCAUAGAAUGUUGCACCCGACGCAGGAUAGAGUGCUAACAGUCCGGGAGAACGCUCGCCUGCAAGGCUUUCCCGACUGGUAUAAGCUCACAGGAAGUGUAAAGGAGAGGUACAUCCAAGUUGGAAACGCAGUCGCUAUGCCGGUUGCUCGAGCGCUUGGCUACUCGCUCGCCUUGACCACGCAACGCCUGUGCAAGGAACCGCGGCUUGAGCUCCCAGCCGGCUUCCCGUGCUUUGAAUCGCAAGAGUAAGAUCACGGCGAAGAAGAGAACCUGACCCAGGAAAAUCUCAAAAGACAAACACGCUAACGAAUUUCCAUGCUGAUCAACACACCAGGGUUUUCACUCAUUUA